AUGUCUUUUUUAAUUGUGAUUUUAUAUAUCAAGAUAUUCUUAAUUGGUAAGUAUGAUGAAAAUAAGCUAAAGAUAGUAAAACAGCUUUUGCAAAUAGUUACAACGCGACCAAUAAAAGUAAAAGCCUUUGGUGGUAUUGACGUCAACAAGACGCUGAUACCCGCGUGCCUCAGCAUCGUCGCGAGCUACACUAUCAUAGCUCUCCAGUUCAACAACAUUGUGUAA